UUGUAAAAAGAACGUUAUUGGAAAAUAGAUAAUCACAGAUAAACUAGAAAGGCGACUUCAUUUAGCUUCAGCAACUUCAAAAUCUGUGAAAUGUUUGUAUUCAUCCUUAUUAUCUUCUACUUUAUUUUGGUGUCCCUGUGUAGUCUUUUUCCGUGAAAAGACUAGGUACUAAAUAACCAACAUGGCGGAUGGCAGUGAGGAAAAUGAUAUCGGAGUUAUCACUGAGAACUUGGAGCUACAAGUAUCCGAGGUUGCAAUGCUACAGUCUAUGUUUCCUAAUGAGAAAGAAUUCAAGCUUGAGGACGAAGCCGCAUUUAUAGACGUGCAAGAUUUCCUUGUGGGGAAGCUAGAAGGACCAUUGCCUCCACGACUAGAAUUUUGCGUCUCUGUCGAAGUUUGCAACGAAAAAGAUUCUUGUUUUAAUAUUUAUGUCAGUCUUCCACACAGCUAUCCCAAGUCAUCCCCCGAGAUUUACAUCAGGUCAGAAAAGCUUACAAGAAAUGCACAAAAAGACUUAAAUCACGAUCUGUUUAAAGCUAUGGUAACAUUGGAAGAAGGCGAACUAUGGAUUUUACCUGUGAUACAAUGGCUAAAAGAACAUGCGGGUAGUUACCUUAAAGAGAGCUGUUUAAAGGCGACUGACCAUAACAAACAUGUUGACCAGGAAACAAAAGGCUCUUUUAUGCGGUUAUGGAUGUACAUGCAUCACAUUUACAACAAAACAAAGCGAAAGGUUAUUCUAGAAUGGUCAAGUGAUUAUAGUCUAACUGGGUUUUGUCUGCCAGGGAAACCAGGAGUUGUUUGUAUAGAAGGGGAAGAGGGAAAUGUUGAAGAGUACUAUGGGCGCUUGAGAAGGCUGAACUGGAAGAAGAUAACAUGUCGUCACCGAGAGACUUACAAUAAAUUACUGGACAUUGAUGGACAAAGAAAAUUUAUAGGAUUUCAUGAGCUGAGUUUUGAGGUUCAGGGUACAAGGGAAAAUCACAUGGACAUGGGCCAGUUUUAUCAGUAUCUAGAAGAACAUGGCUUUGGUUAUAUGUUCCAGAUUUUAUUCGGUAUUGAGGGGAAAUAAUGGUAGAAAUAGUUUAUUCUUUGAUUUCUUACAUUGAAGUGAG